GCUGAUACGAAGAUUUUUUCCCGUCCAGUGUUAUUUUUGGAGUUCUCGUAUCUGCAUCUUGAAUUCUUUGGAUUUGGUAGUUCGAUGUGAAUUAUUAUUAUUUUUGUUGUAAAUUUUGUGUAGGCUUUUGAAUAUAUCGUCUGUCGGAUCUUAGUGCACCAAAAAAGGUUCAGAUACAAUCGGUUAUCCGUAUCCGUGGGUGUUUCAAUUUGCAAGCAAGAAAAGCUUAAACUGUUCUAAGCCACAAUCUUUUGAGAAAUAAAAUUUUAGAAUCAUAUUUGAAUUCCUCAUCAGAAUCCAAUCGAAAUGUGGAAGAGUUUUCAAGAAGAAGAAAAUAAAUUUAAACAAAAAUCUAGUGCCAACGUGAGAUGUCUCUAGAAUCCAUGCUUUAGAAUCUCAGCUUCACGAGUGAAUUAAAUAAGAAGUGAUAAAUAUACAAAAGAAAAAAUUAAAACAAAAAAAAAAAAACAACCAACAAAACAAGAAUUUAAUUUAAAACCAGUUUUCCAGUUUUGUUCUUUCUACACACAGCAUUUCCGAGUUUCAAUAUAAAAACAAACCAGAAAUUACGAAUAAACAACAACAAAAAAUAUAUCUUUAAGAUACACACCGUGUCAAGUCAAGAUUUAUGCAAAAAAAAACAAAAUUAAAACAAGACCGAAGACCAACCGACCGACUUAUGAAUCAUCAUCGUACAUUUAGUAUACAAAGAGUUUUGCUUUAAAUUGCAAAGAGUUAAAAAAAAGUAUAGUACCUUAAUGUCAACCUUUAAGUUUGCUAAAAAUUUAAUCCUUUUUUCUUUAAUACGUCAGCAACCCUUUUUUUAAUUUAGUAUUUUUCUUGUUGUUGUUGUUGUUGGAGUUGUUGGUCUGAUCAAUUCCAAAACCAGUGUUCCAAAUUAACGUGUUUUGUAGUCCAUAAAGUAUUAAGGGUACGUCUACAUCAUAUACUACGUGUGCAUUAUAAUUUCCGGUUCACAGUGCAGUGCUUCGCUGAUGUGUUUUUGUUUUCUUUAAUGUUUUAUGGGUUUUUUUCCCUUAAUUUGUGCAGUGCUCGUUAUUAUUUUUUUUCCUUUCUUAUUUGUCUUCUCUAAAGUGUUGGGUUUCAAAGCGAAAUAAAAAAUAAAAAAAAUUAAAAAAAGGAACCCUCCCGGAACGGAUCGGUAAAUGGAAAAUCCACUUUGCAGUAAGGCUAAAGGCUAAGGCAACACAAUAGAAGUGAUUUUAUUUUUGUGUUCGAAUUUUACCUACCUACGAAUAGUUAUUGCGAUUUUUAAUUGUUUGUUUGUUUAUUUAUUUUGUUGCUAUUGUAAGAUCUCCGGAAGACGUUUUUGUUUUUGUGAAAUUUUAUGAGCCGCAAGCCGAAAGUUGAUGGUUUUUGAAGUUUAUAAUUCAGUGAACGCAGCGGUUUAAUUAAACUACAAAUUUUAUUGUCGAGUCGUAUAAAACUUCUUCUAUCUGUCAAGUGGAAAUUUUUGAACAAACUUCAGAUUCACUCAAAAUUUAAUUGGAAAGGCUUUUUUUGCAUAGCUGUACUCCUACCUUAAACAAAAAACGAUACAAAAAGAAUUAAUUGAGAGCAAAAAAGAUGCUUCAGUUAGAAGUUGUUUUUGUGAAAUUAACAAAACAAUAGGACGGAAAUUAUAAUUGUUUAUCCAAAUGAAAAGAAGUUAGAUUGAAUUUAUUUUAAGAAUGUCAUCUGGCUUGAUGUCGUGUGUACGAGAGAAUUCUCCACCCUUAGACAUGGAUGGAAACGAUUCUGGAGCUCUUUCUCUGCCACCGGCGGCAGUGGCGUCGGUGGACGGAACAGCAUCUUCAAAUAAUGCUCCUUCAGCUGAGCAACAAAAACGUCGACGAUUUCAUCCCUUAAGAAAUCUGCGUCGAAUGUUUCGACGUCGCACCCUAACCAGUGUCGACUUGUCAUCCCCUUCUGUUGUGGAUACAAAUCAAUUGUCUGCAUCAUCACCAUCAUCACCGUUGCAACAUCAGCAACAACAACAACACCAGCAACAACAAAACCAGAAUAGUUUGACCAAAAAUCCACCCACCGUUGUUGGAAAUACCUUAUCCGUACCUGCGCAUCACGGCUAUGCCGGGACAUCAGCCUCGUCAACAUCAUUGCCCACAUCACCCCUAUCGCUGUCACCGUCACCAUCGGUAAUAGCUGUUGGCAGUCAAAGUUGUGCCACCAACAAAGCUGCAUCAUCGUCGUCGCCAAAUAAUAAUAGUUACAAUAUUAAUUACAUGCAACAUCAUCAUCAUCAUCACACGUCGUCGUCGUCGUCAUCCGACGUCAACGUCAACGUUAGCAGUGCAAUGUCACUUUCUACGUCAUUACAUCAUCAGCUACAGCAUCAUCAGCAACAAUAUUCCACAAGUACUUCGACGGCAACUACAACAACAGGUCGGAUCCUGGGAACAUGCGGUGGCAUCGGUGUACUGCCAGGAGCUUUCAAUGGACGGACUUCGUUGUCGGGCGGAUUUUUUGCCAGUAAGGAUAAAAUAGCAAAUAGUACAGUGGGCCUGAUGGCACGCGAUACAAAGCUAAAAAGCACCGGAACAGACUCAAGCAAUGAUCUCGAGAGCAAUCGUGAGAUGACUGAUAGCCAAAGGAGCCUAAGCGAAGGACGAUUAGUCGAUAGUGAUUUCAGUCGUGAUGGCCUCUCUCAAUCGCACGAUAGUGUAUUUUCCGAAUCAGCAACAGCCAGCAGCUUAUCGAUUGUACUUAAGGCUGAGCUUGCUGAUGUCCUCCGCAAACGUCGCAACCGACCUGAUGCUUCGGAUGAAGAUUUGGGGCUGCCACGCAGUCCCACAACCCCACAACGUCGAGAAACCAACAAUACUACAAAUCAAAGUGAAGUAUCAUCGUUGAGCAUGCUCAGCAUGAAUUCCACAAUUGAUUUCGAUGAUGAAUUACCGUCAUCGACUGCAAAUCAUUCGGGAGACUUUUCUUCGGCAGCAGAUCGAACAUCGUCGAGUAUUUCGAGCAAAUUUUCCGCCGAUUCAUCACGAUCCGAACAUGUGGAACUUUUCUCCUCGAAUUGGACUCGUCUCUCACACUCGGCUGCUAAGCACAAGAUGGCUGUAAGGCCUGUUAAGAAGAAGGGCCCAACUCGACAUCGCCGGACUUUGGAGAGCUCCAUUCUUCCAUCGACCCCAGAAGUCAAUGAAGAUCAGAGUAAGACCACAACUGCAACCCUUGAAGUUAAAGAUAUCUCAUUGGAUAAAGCUAAAUCGCGAUCUCUGCCACCAGGGGUCAAUGCAAAGAUCCUCGAACAACACAGCACCGAGGUGAAACAAGCAGUCAGCAUUAAACGCUCGAAAACCGAAAAAGGCCCAUCACCAAACUCGACUUACGCCAUGCGUAGCAAUGCAACUAAGAGUUCCAUAUUCGAAUCAGUAUCGUCAAGCACACAGAGUUCCACAGCCGAAAGUAGCAAGGAAGACGAAAGUGGGUUCUUCCGUCGAUUUGUCUACAGAAAUUCGAAGCGUGGUGCUUCCAAGACCAUCACCAGUUCGACCAGCAAUAGUAAGAUGGCCGACGAACUUGAUAGUCAGCCAGAGAGCAAGAAGCCGAAUCCACCACCAAUCGAGACCAAUUCCAAAACAAUUGAAACAAAAUCCGCUGAAUACUCGCAAAAGGUUGAAGAAACCCGCAAGGAAAUUCGCAGAGAUAUUCUAUCUACGGGCAACUCUGCCCUCAGUGCAAUGUUGAACACGUUCAUACUCUCUCCAGAAUCGGAAAAAAUGGUGGCUCAUGCUACCAACGAAAACAUAACCAUCAGCCAGCCAGGUAGCAAACCGAAAUCCGGUCCUGCUGCUCGGCAACGUUACAUUCCAAAAGAUCUGCAACAGCCACAGAUGAUGAUGGAUGUCGACGUAAAUCUCAAACACUCCCGAACUAGUUUGGACAGCUCAGAGAAGGCCGAAUCCCACAUGAGGGAGGAGUUCAUUUCCAAAACUAUAGCUCUGUCGAAAAUCUCCAAGUCACACACCGAAGAGAGCUUCCAAUCGACUACUCUCGUUAGAGAAAUCAAUGCUAUGAGGGAUCAGCAGAAGGAACACUUUGAGAAAAAACCAAAGAUGCUCGGAAUGAGUGCGUUCCAGCAGAAGAUGUCCCGAUCUAAUGAUUCCUUCAACAUGAGUUCGAGCACAGAUUCUGUGGAGAUGCUAUUGGGCAGUGAUCUACGAAAACGGGGCAAGUCCGUCGAAAAGUCAAAGAGCUUUCGAACCUACAUUGAAUCGAAAGAGGAUAAAGAGAUCCCCUCACUGAGGAAUCAAGUGCCAAGUCUUCCCGAUUUGUCUCAGAAGAGCGACAAUGACUUGGAAGAUGAGAAGCACCUGUCACUUGGAUUUGAAAUCAAUGACAAUAACCUAGUUAAGCAGAAAUCAAGUGAUCUGCCAUUGACGCACGGAAUCUACACAAAGAACAUCAUUCUCACUACAUCCAAGAAUAUGCCGUCAAGGAUACAGACAAAGUCUCCCCUUUUGGGUACUUCGGCUUGUAGUACGAAUAUCUCGGAGAUUGAACAGAAUAUCGAUAUGCUGGUGAAGUCACCAUUCGUGAGUGUUUUGAGGAAGUCAGCGACUAUUAGUGAUUCGGUGGCAUCAAAACUGGCGCCCAACGUGACGAUCAGUCCAAUGCCCAACAAAAGGGUUGAUGUGAUUGCCAAAGUUGAGAAUAAAAUUGACAGAAUACUCAGAACAGAAGACAAGGAUCUCUUUAUUCCACCAGCAACUCCUGCUGCUCCACCACCAACACCGGCCACUCCUCCACCGAUACUAGUUGCGCCCACAAUUGUACAUUCACCCACGAAGGUGCAAAUGCGAGAAAAGCCCAAGAUAGUCGCUGACAGUGAGAAUCGAAAGUCUCUCCGGGAAAGAAAUUCCUCGCCACAGACAACAGCUUCUUCCAAAUCGAAUAGCUUCCAUCGAAGCCGACGAAGUUCUUCAGUCAUUGAAUCAUCAUCUCCCAGCACCAAGGGUGUGCCAGAAUUCAUGAAGAUCCAACUCAAUCGAGUUGAUCCCGUUCGACCCAAGAGUAAUGUGGUUUUGUCCAAGAAUGCCCGUGAAAGUACCGAAGAUUUAACUCGUCGUUUCAGCAAUGAAAGCGUUGAAAUCUCCGAGGUGAAACCUCCAACCCCGACUGAUGAAGAUAGCCCACAAAUUAUCCCAAUGGUUCGUUCGAAUAGUUCAACUUCUUCUCGAUCUGAUGAGUCACUACCAAAAAGCCCCACAAAGAAGACCCCAGAUGAAGAGAACAAUAUCACACGCAUCGACACAAAUACUCCGAUAAACAACAAUAUUCCACUGCAUGAGCGUCGCAGGCUUUUCCUGAGUGAAGAUAAGCUGAAAAACGAUCGCAAAAUUGAAGAAAUGAAACUUGAACGUAAGAAAUCCAUGUCCGAAGAAGUGCGCAAGAUGCCCACAGAAGAGGAACCCGUUGUUGUGAUUCUGCGAAAGAAAUCCUUUGGUGUUAUCCAACCAUCGGCCAAUAACAAUAAGGACGACCCCACACCUGAAUUGAUGAAGGUCUUCGCAAGACGAUCGCUCAAGAUCAAAGACGAAGAUCUUCCCGAUCCACCAAUCAAGAAAUUCGUACCCAGUGUCGAUAGUGACAAAGAAAAUCAAUCGUCCAGCGAAGAAAAGCUCGACAAACUCUCCGCAAUCCAGCAGCAACAAAACGGUCUGCCAAAAUCGGACAGUGACAUCUCCAAGAACCGAAAUUCCCUAGCAGACUUCCGAAAUAUCAAAUCGCAAUCCCUUAACAACAAUGGCAUGGGAACACCUACGAAAACAUUUCUGCCACCAAUCCGCCUCAGCGGUCCAUUCCGACAGGCAUCCCAAGGAUCGCCAGUGAUGGGCAAAAGUAUUGAUUCAACGACAAACAAUAACAACAACAACAGCUUGACAAACAACAAUAACAAUAUGUCAGUAGCCAAGCCAAUUGAACGUCAGUCUCUUGGAACUGUUUUACUUUCGUCAUCAGUGCCACCUAGUGUUACGUCAACAGUCGAACAAAAUAACUUUUCCACCACAACAACCACAUUCACAAGGGCAACCAUAGAGCGUUCCGCAACAAUGGCCACCAUGAAUAGGGUUGAGAGUGAAUUUAAGGGCAUUCAUCAACGUCGGGCCGAAUGGGAGAAGCGGGCCAAAGAAGCUUUGAAAUAAAUAAACUUUAAACAAAACUAAUAUUUAAAUAAAAGUGGGGAAAGCAAAUGAAUUGAAUUUGUGUGAAUGAAAUAAAUUUGUAUAUGGCUAUGGUGAUGAAAGUGUGGCUAUAAUGUGUGUAUAAUAUUUAGUUUAUGUGACAUUGUUGAGGUAAAAUUAACAAAAAAAAAAUAUAUGUAUGCUUGGAAGUCUCUAAAAAAGAAAUGUUAAACUACUCUAGAGAAGUUACUGUCAAAAUUAUCUUAAAAUUCUGUUUCUUUCUCAUCGAAUCGUUGAGUUUUUGACACUGUUGAGGUGAAUUUA